GCUUACCACGAAGGGAAAAACUGAUUGACAUUUAGGGAUUUGUAUACAUUUGCCUUCUGUGUUAGCCGCCUUCAAUUUCUUGCUUCCCACGCUUGUACAGAUUUGCACAAUCCGAGACAUUGAAUUAAAAUAACAUACACAUCUGUGUAGCAUUUGGUUUUACAGGUGGGUAUAUAUAUUUUGAAGAGAAACAUACUGUAGUUCUGCUGAAGAUGGCAGGGGAUAAAGAGGAGGCCGUCCAUAAUGCCAAUGAAGAAUCUAAUGAGGUUGAGGAGAAGGAGGAAGACACAGGAGCUCAGGUUGCUCCCAUAAUCAAGCUUGAAGAAGUUACGGUCACUACAGGAGAAGAAGAUGAAGAUAUUCUCCUUGACAUGAAAUCUAAGCUUUAUAGGUUUGAUAUAGAGGGGAAUCUAUGGAAGGAACGGGGUGCAGGAACAGUGAAGUUUUUGAAGCACAAGGAUACUGGAAAAGUUAGAUUGGUCAUGAGACAGGCAAAGACAUUGAAAAUCUGUGCCAAUCAUUUGGUUCAACCCCCGUUAGCCCUGCAGGAACAUGCUGGUAGUGAAAAGACCUGGGUUUGGCAUGCCACGGAUUUCUCAGAUGGUGAACUCAAGGAUGAACUCUUCUGCAUUCGUUUGCCCACUGUAGAGAAUGCAAAGAAAUUCAGGGAUCUGUUUGAAGAAAUUGUUGAAUCCCACAUCAAGAUAUCCAAAGCAGAAGAAGAAUCUGCAGAUUCAGCUGCUGAGCAUCUUGGAGGUCUGAAGGUUGAAGAUAAAACAGAGGAGUCAAGACCUCAAACUCAAGAGAACGAUAACCAAGUUGAUAAGGAAAAUUCUGCAGAAUCAGCUGAGCUUAAACAGAAAGCUUGAUUGGCAUGUACUGAUGCUUAUUGCUCUUUAUAUUGUUGAGUAUCUGGAGUGUUCAAUGGCUUUAUUUAACCAGUAUGUCUGUGAUGUUUGGCUGUGUAUCGAGAGAAACAUUUAAGAAUUCGUGCUAUAGAAAAUUUUUGAGGGCUUGUUAAACUUGCCAGCUCAAUUGAGGAUGUUGUUAAUUAAAUUGAUCUUGAACAAUUUUUUGUCAUGUGAAGAAAUUCAAGCCAGUCUUUAACUA